GCUAAGAUAGUCCGCAUAAGCUCUGUAUAGGCCAGUGCGUUUGAGGCUGCAAGUAAGUCGUUGCCGCCUACUGAACACCGGGACCCGCCGCGGAACCUGCCAUCGAUGCUGAUUUGAGGCACAGCAUUUCUCUUAAUGUUUGUGCGUGGUCGCAUGUUGUGUGGGACGUCGGGCGCUGCUGUGCCUCGAUAGCACAACCAAUAAUCGCGCGCGCGCCAGCGCUCACUCGCCGACGUGAGUAGCCAAGCUGGUCAGCGCAACGCAAUAAAUUGCAUCAUCUACCAGCCACCAGGUUGGCCCUACGUCACUGGCUGGGGCUGCCGAUUGGCGGUUGUCUGACGCGACAUCGGGAGCGUCCCAGCAUUGGCUGCCGCUCCAGGCGGUGUGCGUUCAGGAGUAGUACAACUGGAUGCUGCAGCCGCGUGCGUUCCUGUCCGCGCCCCUUCCGGCAGCGGCGCCGCCGCCGGCGGCGGGCACCGGAAGCUCGUCGCAGUCUGUUUGCCUCAAGGACCCCCCCGCAUGCGAGGCCUGGACGCAUGUGUCGCCGGAGGACUGGGCGCUGGUCAGGAGCCUGUACGACUGCUGCGUGGUGGCGACUGCCGGCGGCAGUGGCGGCGGCAGCGGCGGCGGCCGCGGUGGGGCAGGCAGCAGAGGCGUAGGCGCAGCCGCCGGCGGCUUCAGCAACACUUCGAUCAGCGGCAGUAGCAGCAUCCCGCUAGAGGACUGCAUAUUAUGGAUGCUGCUGAGCAUGGCAGAUCAGCUGUUCUGUGACGCCAACGGCAGGCCUUGCGAGCUGCCGCCGCCGCAGCAGGAGGAUGAGCCCAUCACUCUAUCCAAUGAGGCUGAUGUCUACCUCAACCUCAUCCCGAUCCUGAUGGUGCCACUGCGAAGGCUUUUGAACGCGCUGCUAAAGCGAACGCAUGCCAACAACAGCGGCGCCGCCGCCGCUGCAGCUGCUGGGGCCGCCUCCGCCGGGGCCGGGCCUGCUGCUGCCGCCGCCGCCGCCGCCGCCGCCGCCGCCGGCCGCGGCGGCGGAGCCAGAGGCGCCGCUGGCAGCGCCGGGCCCGCCGCUUCCAAGGCCGCCGCUGCCGCUGCUGGGCCUGGGGCCGCCAGCGGUGCCGCCCAUUCCACACUUUUCACGCCUCUCGCCCAGAAGGCAGCAGCGGGAACUGCUGCUGCCUUCUGGGCGAGAGGCGUGAAAAGUGUGGAAUGGGCGGCACAGCAGAAUCCGCUUCGCAGGGAGCCGUCGGAGCAGCAGGGUCAGGUGUGUCUUCAAUUGUGUGAGGGGCCAGCAGCAGCAGCAGCCAACGCUCGGCUGAUCCCGGAGUACAUGCUCUUUGCGUGCUUCGACGCAGACAGCAGCUGCAGCAGCAGCGCCGGUGCAGCAGCAGCAGCAGCAGCAGGCGCUGCUGUGGCAGCAGCCGCAAGUAGCGGCAGCACCGGCGGCGGCGCAGCAGCAGCAGGGGUAGUCAUCAAGGCGGCGGAGCAACCGCCGCCGCCGCGGCGAGCCGCCUGCUGCCUACUGCAGGUCACGAAACCGGCCGCGUUGUCGCGGAACGGGUCACCCAUCGAUCUGCUGGACAUGUGGGUCCAAGAGGACGGCGCAGUGUGUGCCUUGCUCGCUCAGGCGUACACGUACAUGUGCAAGAGUGGCAUCCGCUUCUGCAUUCUCACUGAUUACAACGCCUCACACCUGCUGAGGCUCGGCCCCCGCACGGCGGUGCCACCCUCACCCCAGCGACCGCCACCUUCGGCCGUUGGAAGCGGCGGCGUUACCACCGGCAGCGCCGUCGCAAAGAAAGGGGCGGCUGCAGCGCCCGCGAAGGUGGCAGCGGCGGAGGUGGAGGCGAAGGCUGCGACAGCGGCGGGGGCAGCGGCGGAGGCGGGGGCGGAGGCGGCAGCGGUGGCCGCUGGCAGCGCGGGCAGCAGCAGUGAUGUGCCUGCUGCUGCUGCCGGCCUCGUGCUUCAAGUGGCCGGCCCCUUCCUGGCCACCACACAGCACACAGACCAGGAGCCAGCCCCGACGGCCACGGCCGCAUGCCUGCUCGUCAUGCUGCUCGGCGUCGGCACGGCCGCCGCUGCCGCCGCCGCCGCCGCCGCCGCCGCUGCCGCCGCCGCUGUCGCAGCCUUCGCCUCCACCUCCGCCGCUGUUACCUUCGCGGGCGCUGCAGCCGCCCCUUUCUUUGCGACGGCGCUGCCGGUGACGGCGCAGCAGCAGCUGGGCUCAUCAGGGCCGGGUGCAGCGCCGAGCAGCAGCAGGGGUGGCGAUGGCGGAGGUGGCAGUGGACGUGGUGGUGAGGCUGGUGGCGGCGGGGGACAGCAGGGCAGCGGUGGGGUAGGGCGGCCUGGCGGACCGGGCGGCGGCGGCGCGCCUUUGGCCGCCGUCGGCGGGGCGGCAGGCCUGCGCGCGGCGGCACGGAAGAGGACGGGGCCAGACCCUGGUCGGCAGCAUGACGACGAGCUCGCCGCGGCGCUAGACUCGCCAGCGCAGCAGCUGCAGCAGCAGCGCUCAGAGCAACCCGCCGCUGCGGAGCCCGCCGCGUCUUCUCCGUUGGCUGCUGCUGCUGCUGCGGCGGCGGCGGCGGCGGCGGCGGCGGCGGCGGCGGCGGCGACCGUCAUCGGGCGGCGUGCUGAGGCGGCGCCGUCACCGCGGCGCGGCGUCGUCUUGGACAAACUGAUCUGCGACGGCCAUGUGGGCUUCGUGUGCGGCGGCUGCGUGGACGGCGAGGCGGCGGUCGUCAAGUUCUUUGGUCCGGACGCGCACGGCCUCGCAGUGUACCGGGCGGAGAGCAGCGCCUACGCAGCCCUGGCGGCGCAUCAGGGCCGGGCGCUGCCGCGGCUGCUGGCGGCCGGCACCACGCGCACGCUGGUGCCUGCGGAGGAGGACCCGGACGCCUGGGUGCCGCCGCCACCGCCGGACCGCGUGUUCUACCUGGCCACGAGCCGCGUGCCGGGGCUGACGCUGCAUGACCUUCUGGAGCAGCAGGGUCGCAUCGAGCCGGCCGUGGCGGCGGCGGCCGUGCGCGCGCUGCGGCGGCUGCACGUGGCUGCGCCGGCGGCGGCCAGUGGUGGUGGUGGCGCUGGUGUCGGCGCCGGCGGCGCCGGCGGCGCCGGCGGGCGCUUUCUGCAUGGCGACGUCAAGCUGAGCAACUUGAUGAUGCUGCUGCCGUCCGCCGCGGCACAGCAGCAGCAGCAGCACCAUAAAGUUGCUCAGCUUGACGUCGCCGAUCAGCAGCAGCCCGCAGCGGCAGCUGUGGACACGGUGGAGGCGGCGGCGGCCGGCGGCGCGGCUGCUCCUCGCGGCGCCGUCGAGCUGUCGCAGCGGCAGCAGGAGGCGGCGGGAGUGGCGGCGGGAGUGUGGGUGGAGGAGGACAAGGAGGAGGAGGAGGAGGAGAAGGAGGAGGAGGGGGAGGAGGAGGAGGACGAGGAGGAGGAGGGGGAGCCGCGCUGCGUUGUCAUUGACCUGGGGCUGUCGCGGCUGGACGCCAGCGAGGAGGAGCAGCGGGCGGAGCUGCGCAAGUUGGAGCAGCUGCUGCGUGAGGCGGCGACGGCAGGGCCGCUACAGGAGUAGUGUGCGUGUGUAUGUGGCGCAUGCAUGCCUAGUUGAUUGCCCACACGUACGACACACGUACGAAUGUGGUGUGUCGGAGGUGCCGGCGGCGGCGGCAGCGUUUUUUAGCGGUUGUAGUAAUGGAAGUAGCGGUGGCGGAGGUGGCAGCAGUGUCGAUGGAGACGGCGGCGGUGCGUAGAGCAGGGAAUGGCCGUGUGUGUGUAUGUGGUGCUGCCUGAUGCGCUCAAGGUCAAGCUGUGCACCGGACGCGCCUUGCUUGCUUGCUUCCUGUCAGCCGGCGGCGGCCCCACGGUGGCCGGCGGUGGCCCCCUGCUGGUGGUGGUGGACUGGUGGUAAUGGUAGUGAUGGCGGUGGUGGCGGGCGCCGACCCAGCCAGUCAGCCAACGAAAGCCGCCGUAGCGGGUGGCGCUCCGCCCCGCCCUGCACGAGCAGCAGCAGGGCGGCGGCUAGCCGCGGCCACACGCGUGAGGCGGAUGGAGGGCUGUUAGUUUGGGAGCGCAAGCAGUGCUCGUAUCUUGUAGAUGCCCUCAGGCACCCGGCAUCUACACAUGCGUAGAUGACCCUGACCGCGGCAUCUACACUUAAGCCCCCAAGCCCCCCAAAACGUCUACGCUUCCCCCAUUUUGCGCCAAAACCGGCCAAAACCGUCUACACUGCGUAGAUGCGUGGCACCCAAACCCAAAAUUUUUUCUCCGCCUUCGGCGGAUUUUGGGCAGAUUUCUACAGUGUAGAUGGAAGAUACGAGCACUGCGCAAGACGAGCGACCGCACGUUGUAGAGGUAGGGGUAGGCAGCUAGCCUCAAUCGGCUG